AUGUUGCAGCAGGUGAUUCAGCAGCAGCAACAGCAAGAACAGGAUGAAAUUUCAAGCCAGAUUAGUGCUCAGAUUUUCGAAUUCUGCGAUCCUGAACUAUUCCAAGAGACCCUGCAGAAUUCUGAGGUUACUUCUUCUCCAAAUUGCUGCUAUGAUGAAAACUCCUCUUAUGCAACAAAUCUUUCUCUGCCCCAGGAUUUAGAAACUAAAUUCAGUACCUACCAGGAUAGCAAUGGCAACACUGACACAACCAUUGCUCCCACAACAACUAGUACCACCACCACCACCAACACCACCACCACCACUAGCAGCGCAAACACCACCACUGCCAGUACCAACACCGCCAAUAUCAACGAUACUACUGCCAGCACCAACACAACCACAACCAACAACAACAACAACAAUAGUGGCAAUCUUUCCAUAAUCUUUGAUUCCCAAGAAGAAAUUGACAAUGACAUCUCAGCCUCCAUUGAUUUUUCUCCAUCCCCUCCUUUUUCCGUACCUCCAUUUCUCAUGAGCCAACAAGACCAAUUUGAUUUCUCUUCAGUGCAACCUCAAAUCCCAUUAGCAGAUUCUGUUGUUGAAGGAUUUUCACAGUACCCUGCUGACCCUGUACCGUCUCUCAUGUCGGCUCCAUUGUCAUCAGUUUUUGAAGAGGAUUGCUUGUCCUCGGUACCUUCUUAUGUGCCUUUGAACCCCUCUUCUCCUUCUUGUUCUUUUCUUGGUCCUACCAUGGGAGCAUACAUGCCUGCUGGGACUAUGAAUGCUGCAGCAUUAUCUACUGACAGUACUGGAAUUUUCACCAGUAGUAUUCUCAUGGCUUCUGAACUGCAACCACAAGACUUGGAAUACCAAGGAGAUAAUGGUGGAAUUUUCUGUCAAGAAUCAUUACAGAGGGGUUUCAACCCUGAUGACCUUCAGGUGCUUGGUGCUGAGAGCCAACAACUGGUGAGUGGGACUGGGAAUUCUACUUCUUUACCAACUGAGAUUCCCAUGGCAGAAGACCCAAAUUUUAAAGUAGGGAAGCUAUCGGUUGAGGAGAGGAAAGAAAAGAUACAUAGGUACAUGAAGAAAAGGAAUGAAAGAAAUUUCACAAAGAAAAUCAAGUAUGCCUGCCGCAAAACACUUGCAGACAGCAGACCUCGAGUUAGAGGAAGAUUUGCGAAGAAUGAUGAUUUCGGAGAGAAUCAUAGACCUUCUGGUUGCAACCAUGAGGACGAUGAAGACGAUGAAGUAGUUGUGAAAGAGGAAGAGGAUAUGGUUGAUUCCUCGGACAUCUUCGCACAUAUCAGUGGAGUGAACUCUUUCAAAUGCAGCUAUCCCAUCCAAUCCUGGAUUUGA